UUGAGGUUGUGUAAAGCGAUGGUUGCGAGGGGACGGCAGAAGACGGCGCGCAUGUGCGGCGAGUACGGUGUGCGCAGCGCGUGUCAGUCCAGCCGCCCCCGCAGCUCGCACCGGUCCCGGCGCUGCCGGGCUCCCGCUCGGAUGCCGCUGCCGGCUACCGCUUGCGAUGGUCCACGCCGGGCCGGCCGUGCGCGCGCCCUCUCGCGCGAUGUUCGCCGCCGCCGAUACUAAACCGCGUCGCGCCGUCUCGCCUCUUGGUAUACCGAAAUCUCCUUCGUUCCACUCUGGACUUGAUCUCGUCGCGAAUCAAGCGACAACUAAGCGCUCCGAAAGCGUAUCGGACGUCGCCAGAGCCUUUCGGUUUGCGUUGUUCGCCGGCAUGGAGGGCCAGGGCCCGCCGCAGAAGGCGCCUUCGCCGCCCGAUGCGCGGAGCCCGCCGCCCCCCGUCUCUGCCGCUGUGUCACCCGAUCGUCCCGUGCUGGUGAUACCUAAUGUUGAUAGAGAGAGUCUAAUGGAGCAGUUGCCACUGCUGAAAGAUGCACCCGCAGCCGAAAAAGAACAGCUCUUCGUGCAGAAGCUGCGGCAGUGCUGUCUGCUGUUCGACUUUGCGGACGAGCCACUGUCUGAUCUCAAAUGGAAGGAGGUGAAGAGGGCCGCGCUGCUCGAGAUGGUCGAAUACGUCACGUCGCAGCGAGGCGUCAUCACCGACUCUAUUUACCCUGAAGCCGUUAAUAUGUUCGCGAUCAAUCUAUUCCGGACGUUGCCGCCAUCAUCGAAUCCUAACGGAGCGGAAUUCGAUCCUGAAGAGGACGAGCCCACAUUAGAGGCCGCCUGGCCGCAUUUACAGCUCGUCUACGAACUGUUCCUGCGGCUACUCGAGUCUCCGGAUUUUCAGCCAAACAUUGCCAAGAAGUAUAUAGACCAGAAGUUUGUUUUGCAACUCUUGGAGUUGUUCGAUUCUGAGGACCCACGCGAACGAGACUUCCUCAAAACAACUCUCCAUAGGAUAUACGGGAAAUUUUUAGUUCUACGCGCUUACAUAAGGAAACAGAUCAAUAACGUAUUCUAUAGGUUUAUUUACGAGACGGAACACCAUAAUGGCAUCGCGGAGCUCCUCGAAAUCCUUGGUUCCAUCAUCAAUGGAUUCGCAUUGCCUCUCAAAGAGGAACACAAAUUAUUCUUACUCAGGGUACUACUGCCGCUGCACAAGGCCAAGUCGCUGUCGGUGUACCACCCGCAGCUGGCGUACUGCGUCGUGCAGUUCCUCGAGAAGGACCCCUCCCUCACGCAGCCCGUCGUCAGAGCUCUCUUAAAGUACUGGCCGAAGACUCAUUCGCCGAAGGAGGUGAUGUUCCUGAACGAGAUGGAGGAGAUAUUGGACGUGGUGGAACCGGCCGAGUUCCAGCGCAUCAUGGACCCGCUGUUCAAGCAGCUAGCCAAAUGCGUCUCCAGUCCUCAUUUCCAGGUAGCAGAACGAGCGCUCUACUACUGGAACAACGAAUACAUAAUGUCUUUAAUAUCGGACAACGCGACCCACAUCCUGCCUGUGAUGUUUCCGGCGUUGUACCGGAACACAAAGAGCCACUGGAACAAGACGAUACACGGGCUGGUGUACAACGCGCUCAAACUGUUCAUGGAGAUGAAUCAGAAACUGUUCGACGAGUGCACGCAGCAGUACAAACAGGAGAAACAGAAAGAGAGGGAGCGACUUCUGCAGCGAGAGGAGAUCUGGCAGCAAAUAGAGGAGAGGGCGCAACGAAACGACCGCGGCUCAGAGCCCGCCGAGACGCGCAAGCAGACCUAUAGUAACGCGAACAAGCCCCUCCUCCGCAAGAAGUCGGAGCUGCCCGUGGACAGCAGCGCCGUGCGUGCGCUCGCCGAGCACCGGCGCGCCGACCCCUUCCUGUCCUCGCCGCCCGACAUCAACCACUGCUAGCGACCGCCCGCCGCCCGGACCCACGUUACAACAUUCGGGGAACCAGAGCCAUAAAGUCGGUUAGUUGAACAAUAUUCGGUAGGAGCGCGACCGUCGCACGUCUCCCGGGACGAUCCUCAAUCAUCUAGAUCUUUCGAUUUCUAUUAAUCACGUGAUACUUCUUGAAACAAAACGAGAGAGAGACUGAACUCAUCUCGCCCCCAAAAAAUUGCAUCUCGAGUGUCACAGAACGAUUUACGUAAAAAUAUAGAAAGCAAUCGCGCUCUGGCGACUGGUUGAGACGAAGAACGAUUGAACUGAGUCAAAAAAGCGUGAAACGCGCGUCGAGUUCGAGAACGGUACGUCGCGUCCGCCCACGGAAACCUGACCAUGACUUGAAUUACUUGGAUACUUCAUAACAAAUACAUAAAGAACUCGCUUACGCGUUCGAUAAUUUAUUUAUACUACAUUGGACACGUAAUGGAUAGGUUUAUAAUAUACAUACAAACACAGUACUUACGAAUAGCGCUAUUACGGUUAGCAGUGAUCUCUUUCAGACAACCGACGAUGGAAAAAAACAUCAACGGAAAAAUCUGUGACCUACGACAUAAUUUGUACGUUUACAAAUAUAUAAAAUGUACAUAAUAUACAUACAGUCCUACAUCCAACUCUAUAUUUACAUAUAUGUAUAAAUACAUACAUAUAUUUUAUGAUUGUAUUGUGGUUUAUACAACGUGGAAAUUCGUUCGUAUGUAUCGUACCGUUUCGAUGACUCGCUUUCAUUAAACUUUUACUUAAUUAUUUUUUUAUAUAAAAUAUUCGAUGUAUUAUUUAAGAGUAUAGAUUUAUACACCAUUCCACUGCAAGUACCACCUGUAAUCGUAUGAUGUUAGCCGAAUUGUUUUAUAUUAUGGUUCGAUUUUUUUAUUAUUAUUAUUAUUGUAAAAACUCAACCUGAAAUCUAUUUUGAAAAUUAACACAAUGUGUUAAGGAACUUGAGACAAAAACAAAAAUACAUUUCGGAAUUGACUGUCAAAAAAUGGGUUUUUACAAUCAGUGAUUCAUAAAAUUUAUUGAUAUUACAUACAAAAAAAAAAAACUGAUCUACAGUACACUUCUAUACAAAAAAAGUACACGUGUAAAGUUAUUACAAAAUCAUUUUUUUGUCAGUAAAUUUCGAGAGUCAAAAUUAUCUUCCGUGGAUUUGAUAAGCGCUUGACACUGUAUCCGUAAUGUUCGAUGUUGUUUUUUCAUCUAAAUUCAUUUAAUAAUUUAAUUAACGUGUCAUUAAAAAAUUAUAAUAGUGUAUGCAACUCAUUAGUGUUUACAUUUAGAAAUUAAAAUCCACUAAAGCCAUAGUAAUCAUGAACUUUAUUUAUUUAAUUUGUAGAAUACCAAAUAAUGUAUUGUGAAGGUAGUUAAUUUUUAAUUUUCUAUUACGUUAUAAUAUUUACUUUUAUUAUUAUAAU